AUGAGCGAACAGAAAAAAAAAAUAUCAUUAUCACUUAACAAAAAGAAAAAGAAAGCCGAAAUGCAAGCAGCUACUACUGCAUCAGGAAGCGAUAGGAUCGCCACCAAUCAACAAGCUGCGAUUGACCAACAAGCUGCAUGUGACAUUCCAACCCCAAUCGAAGGACCAGCACCAUACAAUAUGAAUCCACUCUCCCAAGCAAAAACGGCUCCAUUGAUUGAACUAUUGAAGAAAGUACCUGGACGCGAGUAUUUUGAAGGAGAUGACGAUCCGAAGCUGACAUACACCAAGAUGAUCAAAUUGUUCAACGAGGCAUUUGGUCCAAGUGGAUGGUCUAAGAAGGAGAUCGACGUGAGAUACGAUCAUAUCAAACAAAGUAGUAAAGGAUACGAAGCAGGAUGUACCAUGAAGAUAGAAUUGGAAAUUCGUGGAGUAGGCAACCACGAGGCCCUUAGCGCUAGCAAAGCCAAUUCAUUUAUCCAGACAGCGCGUUUAUUUGGUGAAUUAACUGGAAAUGCAAGUUUCGACAAGGAUGUAAUGGCCGAAAUCAAAAAACAACCCAAACCCAAAAAGUUGAAACUUGAUGAAACAUUAAUCUUCCAUGCUGAGGAAUGA